AGGAUGAAAUCGGUAACCUAGUUACGAGUGGAGUUACUAAGUAACUAGCCCAGUAUCCUGAUAUACAGAUUAAUUAGUAACCUAGUAACGAGAUAUCAGAGACUCUGUACACGAGUAAAGAUAUGGGUUUGAGAGUAUACCUGGUGUUGUCAGGUUAUUUACUGGGUUUGGCGGCCCCCAUUUUCAAAGGAAAGGACCACAAUGGCAAAGAAUCAAACGAAAUAGAAGAUUGGGAGUUCACGCGGCAGCAAGGUUGCAAGACCUACUCCUCCAACAUUAAACACAUGUCUUGUGAAUGUUUAGAGCACUUCAGUGCCCAUAACAACUGUGAGAACUACGUCGACUUCAAAGACUUAAGGUCGCUCCCACGAUGUAGAAAGUUGGAGUCCUGCCCUUCCCACGACAUGAGAUGCCAUUGUCGUCGUAACUUCUGCGCUAUCAGGGGUAGAUGUUACGUGUUGUGGCGCAGCAUACUUUCAAUGAAGCGAGUCGACUACCUGCUUCAGUGGCUCGCAAAAUGCAACACAUUUGGAGUAAAUGACACAUCUAACGACGCCGUGCCGUGACAUCCUGUGACGUAACGACGCGUCACGUGACGUGACGUAUCAAGUAGUGUGACGUCACGUGGUGCGGGAACACGCGUGAGAUAACAUAUCGACCGAGAAAUUGUGAACAUGAUGAAUGAUCAUGGUGAUGGAUAGAAGACAAAAGUUUAGAAGAAAAGACAGGUUGUGGUUUCUGCCACGCCAUCUUAGUCUUCAGAAAUAGGGGAAACCAAAUGAAUUCAUUGCUAAAUAUGAAACCCCGUGGCGUUAACAGAUUGAAAUCUGGCGUUUAUUCGAGAAAAAAACUCAUAGAUAACACUGAUUAUACAAUAUAGAUUAGGAAGUAUCAUGGUCACGUGAUUUCAAUCAAACUUUGAACAGCCAUGAUAGCAGUUGUUGCCCUCGUAGUGACACAUAGACAAUGUUGAGAAAACGUUUGAGCCUUUCUCGUAGAUAUAUAGUAGAUUGUGUUAACUUGUACUGCAAAUGAAAUAUUGAAAUAGACGUUUAUUGUACCUUGAUGCUUUGAUUUAAUAACGAUUAAAAUUGAUUAAUUUAAUAACGAUUUUAGAUUGCUUUCUAAUUUAUUGUUAGAAGUAUUGAAUUUUAAAUGUUC